UGAUCCGGUGAGCGGCCAGCAGACGGCAGAGAUGCAGUGGGUGGCCGCGGUGAAGAGAGAGGUGUGGCACUGGUACAGGCCCCGACAAUCCUACAUCGGCGAGGUCCUCAGGCGGUAUUUGAGCAGGGUUCCCUUCCACGCCUCAGGGACCACCAAGCUGCGACCAGUCUUCUUCAAUCCAUUCCAAGAGUGUCGCAAGAAUGUCUUUCAACCUGACCAUGACGGUUGGGAUCCCAGAUUGGACGGACGAAUCGUCCAGCUCCCACACUUCAUCCCCAGACCUGAGCUCAGAGAUCUCGUUUGCUGCGUAUCUGUUCAUAUUGAUCGGAGCGGCGAUUGCCAUAUUCUUGUUCUGCCACUAUCGUGUCAGAGAGUGGGUGGUGCCGAGGCUGUUCCGGGUGUGGUGGCGUCUACAUGCUCGCUUUCCGUGGGUGGUGCCGCGAUUACCUCGCCGAUACAUCAGAGCUAUGGCCAACUGGCUUAACCGCGACGCACAGCGGCGCAACAACCGUCACCAAGCAGUCAACGGCCAGGCGUGGCCCAACGAUGACGUGCCCCUGGCCCGCAGGAACAGGAACAGAUAGAGGUGCCGCGCCACGCCCACCAUGCCAUGCCGCACCACACUUCAGGAGUCGUGGCAGAGCAAAGUAGUUUAGUUCGUGUUUUACCAACAAUAUUGAAGUUAGUGUUUGUUGACCGUCAGCCGCUAAAGAACAAACUUUUAAUAGCGCGUUAGUUGUGGUUUGUUUUAGGGUGAUGUUGCUGAAGUGCUUAUUUUCUGAGCGUUGAGCACGACGGCCAUGUGAGAGAUUCGCUGUUAAGUUUUAAAGAGAGCACCUUGGUGCCUCGGUGCAUGUCACUCAGUGCCAGGAGUGGAGGCGAGAAGCGUGAACAGUCCACCCCACCCACCCACCCACCCUCCCUCCCUAACUACCCCCUUUAUCCCCACGACCCUCCAAACACCUCGGGGUCAAUGUACACACGUAGAUACACAAAUUAAAUCUGGCGGAGCAUAUACACAUGGAAAUGGUGUUGGCGCGUCUGAGCGCGGCGCGGCGCAUGAGUCGAGGCGCGGCGGACAGUCAACACAAUCUGCGGCUGAAAGUGAUAAUACUGGGACCUUGGGAAGCGCCUCUGCUUAUCGCUCACGUAGGGAGAUAACAUGGCCACGCUGGUGAAUUACUGGCUGUGUGCUGCCCUGCGCCUGACUUGCCCACGACCCCUCGUCCCAUAAACGGUCUGCCCCACGCCCCAUGCCCUACGACAGACUACCCAUGCCCUACGACAGACUACCUACGCCCCACGCUCUACGACACUACCCACGCUCUACGACACGACCCACGAUACACGACCCACGUCCCACGCUCUACGAUACACGACCCACGCCCCACGCUCUACGAUACACGACCCACGCCCCACGCUCUACGAUACACGACCCACGCCCCACGAUACACGACCCACGCCCCACGCUCUACGACACACGACCCACGCCCUACGAUACGACCCACGCCCCACGCUCUGUGACACUACCCACGCUCUACGACCCACGACCCACGCCCUACGAUACACGCCCCACGCUCUACGACCCACGCCCCACGCACAAGAGUAACUCAAGAUUACACCUUUUUUUCCUGACAACUUCCCCACACCACGACCUCCCCCUCCCAGCCCCCCUUUAUGACCUCCAUGGCUCAACCUGCACCCAACACACCUGUCUGUCCGCACCCUCUGCCUCAUUCUUUAGACACACCUGCACACCACAUUCCUUCCCUCUAGCCUAAUCCACAUCCACCAACCCACCCACUCUCUCUCUCUCUCUCUCUCUCUCUCUCUCUCUCUCUCUCUCUCUCUCUCUCUCUCUCUCUCUCUCUGUUCAGUACACCGUACUUAAUAACGAGUCAUAACAUUUGAUACCAUCGAUAAAGGUGAUAUCAUCGAUGAAUCAGGCUGUAAACAGAUCAAGCAGGUGCGUGCGUGCGUGGGUGUGUGGCUGGGAGGCGGUGGCCGGUGGUGGGUAACCCUGAGUGAGGUCACGGAGAGGCGGGUUGCGUGAGGUCAUAAGGAAAGGAGAGGAGAGGAGAGGGGGAGUGUCAGAUCAGGGUUGGUGGUGGUGGUAACAGGAAGGUUAUUCAUAAUAUCAGAAAGGUAUCACUAAACCUUGCAUUUCACCACAAUAUUGCUCUAUCUACUUAAGGCAAACGUUUGUGAGGAGCUUAAAUACUGCCGUCCUUGUGUUCCGUGCCGCAUUGCCCGCCAUCCACCCAACCCACCCACCCACCAGCCAGCCAGCCAGCCAGACCCCGAAAAGCGCCACAUUCAUCAGCCGCUCAGGGCGCUCACUGACUCACUCGCUCGCUCAGUCACAGCAGAGAGAUCAAAGAGUGAGGACGUGACCAGCAGAUUUUCUCGUCUUCCAUGUGAGAGACGUUCAAACAUCCGCUAACCUUUACAAGUCACUGCUGCUGGACAAACAAGCCACCGAGUGCGUUGUGAAGCAGUGAGAAGUCAGGCAGGAAGGAUGUAGUGGAAAGAUAAGCGAGAAGGAAAUGGUUAGUGUGUAUGGGUGAUCUUGUGACUUGAACUAAAGGACAUAACACAAAGCACGGAGACACGAAAGAGAGUUGUGGCAGUGAGGGAGAGGUGUCCAUCCCACAAACCACGCAAGGACAAAGGGAAGGCUGUAAGGAAGCAAGCCAACGAAAGAGCAGGCAAAGGACAAAGUUAUGACAGUAGCAGCAAGAGAAGAAACUGCCCCACACGCUAAGCAAACCACGCAAGGACAAAGAAAGUGAUUUAACAAGGGAAAGCAAGGACAAGAAGACUAGCAGAGUGAAACAAACUUAGACUACAAGAAAGGACACAACCACCCAUACAAAACACAAAGGAAGUCACGAUUAAAGAAACAGCAACCCAGAGCACACGAGCCAAGCAAACGACAAAGAAAGCGACGGUUACAGAUUGAGACAGCCAGACACCAGUUCCCGCCGAGGCAAACAGAAGCACGUGAGGAGGGAAACGGUAACGGGUGAGGAGAGAGCAAUCAAUAACCUCACAAGCACUACCUCCACCACCGCCUUAUCUUCCCGCCACACAUCUGACUGAACGAGAAUAAAGGAACUGAAUAUACGCGUCACGGAAAGUUAGUAACAGUGAUGGGAGAAAAAGAUACCAUAAGCUAAAAUACCAGAAAAAAAGUUAGUGACAGUGAAUACAAAAAGGUGAAACGAACAAUACUGAAAAAAAAUUAAAACAAAAAUUUUCUUAGACUCGCACGGGAAAAUAAAGCUUGAAACACAACGAAACCGAAGAAGAAACAUUAAUUCAAGCAAGCAAGCAACAACCAAACCAUCCCAGAACACAGACGCUCAACAUAACCGAACCAAAACAAAAAAACAACGAUGGACCUUGACACAGUCCUGCUCAACACCACCAUGAGUCUGCUGACCACGGAAGCGCCCAACACCACGCACGACACAGGCGGGGACAACGUGGAUCCCCAUGGAGGCGUAAUUGGCGGCUGGGUAUUGUGGGUUAUUGUCAGCGGGUCUCUCUUCUGCUUCACCGCCCUCGCUGUCACCGCCUUCGUCCUCCUGGUGGUGCUGCCCAGACGCGGGUACGAGCGGAUAGAGGGACGCAAGAAGCAGAUGAGAGCCUUCACGCAGCUGCUGGAGGAGAUGCGGGGCCGCCCUAGGAGAGUGGAGCCUGAGGAGUCCCUGACGGAGAGCGAGAGACACUUCCUUAUCCAUGACUUUGCAGACUUUCCCUAGCCCUCCCCCUCUCCCCUCUCCCUCCGUCACCCCUGCCCUCUUCCCUCUCCAUUUUCCCUCCGUCACUCUGCCCAGUCUCUCUCCCCUUCUCUCCCUCCCCUGUAAGUGCGCCCACUCUCCCUCUCCUCUCCCAUCAUCCUACCCAGCUUCCUCCUCUCCUCUCUCGCUCUCCCCACCUGUCACACUGCCCAGCCUCUCUCUCUCUCUCUCUCUCUCUCUCUCUCUCUCUCUCUCUCUCUCUCUCUCUCUCAUGCAGUCACGUGUUUUCUUAAUUCUGACCUACUUUUCUUUUUCCUCCUCCUCCUCUCCUUAUCAAUGUCUUGUGUAUUUCUUAAAUCUUAUUUGUUGGUUUCCUUGUUUUAUCUUUUCCUGUUUCUUAUUUGAUCUAGUAAUUCCUUUCUUUAUCAUUCUCAUUCGUUUGUCUUUGUCAUUCUCACCCAUCAUCCACCUGGUUCACUUUUCUUUCUUUCUUUCUUUCUUUUCUAUUUUCCUUUUUUUUUCUUUAUUUCAUCCUUUCCCGUUUAUUUUUUUCUUUUCACCUAUUUUUUUUUAUUUCAUUGUUUCUCGUUUAUCAUGCACCUUUUCUAACCAUUCGACACUUCUCUACUUCUUCAUUCACGCUUCUCUUAUUUCUCUAUUCCUCCAUCCUCCUCUUUUUUCUGCUCAUAAUUCUUUUCUCUCUCCUCUUUCGUCAGCGUUCCUUCUUCUUUUUUUCCUU